AUGGUCAAGAAAGUGUUGAGCAAAUUUCCUGCACAUAUCCAGAGGAGAGUGCUAGCGAAGAGACGUACACUUCCAUCGAUUACUUCAUCCACAAUGGAAACACUGUUUAACAUAGUCGAAGACGUCUUGUCCGAGGAAGAAAUGAUGAACCUCUACGUCAAGGAACCAAUGUCCACGUCACAGAUAACAUCCGCCAAAGAGUUCCGAAAACAGGAGAGUCUCUGCAUGUACUGCGAAGGCAUACAUAAGUCAUCUCAUUGCGAUACAUAUAAGACCCCGAGAGAAAGAACAAAAUCCACGUCAACAUCAAACAACACCCAAGAAGUGAAGGAACAAGUGGUGCCGGCGGUACGAACAGACAACAAAGUGAAGAAGCAAGUCAAGAAAACUCAGAAAGUCAACGUGGUGGCCGAAAAAGAGCAAGUGGAGGAAGGCGAAUCACCCAUUCUCGAAGUUCAAGCAGCGCAGGAAAUCCAGCACUAUUCGACGACAGUCCUUCCCAUAGGAGAAGUCAUGGUCAUGGAUAACAAGAGAGGCGAUCACCGCAGGGUCCCGGUACUUCUAGACACAGGAGCAGAAAUUUCGUUCAUCGACAGAACACUUGCCGACGAGCUUGAACUCGAAACAAUCUCGGAGAAAACGCUCUUGCUGCACACGUUCGGUUCUGAAGAAAUUCAAAAGAAGAAGUGCCGCAUUGUACGCGUACAAGUUCAGGAUGUCGAAGGAAGACCUCAUGAACUGGAAUUAACAACACAUGAGAUUCUGAUCAAACCACUUCGCACUCCCCCACUGCUUCAAGAAGAUACAGAGUUCCUGAAUUUACCAUAG